CUUGCAUUUGCGAUGGCAACGGCCGAGGUCGAGAAGUACGCGACGUUCGUCGAGGAGACGCUGCGGCCGCAGCUGACGGCCGCGCUUGCGCAGCGCGACGCGCUCGACGCCGACGUGGCCGAGUACGACAACCUCGUCGAGAUGCUCGCGGGCAAGGCUGCGGCGGACGCGCAGGACAAGGCGUGGAAGCUGCAGUGCGACCUCGGGAAGCAGUGCUAUGCCAAGGUCAAGGUCGCGCCCCAUACGCCCGUCGUCGUGCACAUUGGUUUGCAGGUGUACGUUGAAAUGGCCGCCGCGGACGUACCGCCCUUUGUCGCUGGCCGCAAGCAGUUUUUGGCUGCGAAGCGCGAGCGUCACCAAGCCAAGGCGCGCGAGAUCGCCAGCCACAUCCAGCAAGUGCUGGAUGCCGUCGAGGCUCUGGCCAGGCUCCAGUCGGCAACACCCGAAUAAUAAAAAGUCCAUUAGUACAUCAACCAGAUCUUAUCUUAUACUCGA